AUGUCCUCUUCCUCCUCCUCCUCCUCCUCCUCCUCCUUGGCCCCGCCCCUCUUCUGCCCUCGCUGCGGCGACGUUCUGCGGUUCUCGUCGGUACCUGAGCUCCGGGCUCACCUGGUCAGCCGUCACUCCUACGACACGCUGCUGCUUCUUUCUCAGGCUCGGGUCCAGAGCUCCAGACCCGGAACCCUGCUCCCACUGCCCGGACCGCCCAGGACCCGGACCCCCCCCCUGGACCUGGAGCCACGUGGCGCCCCCCCACCGCUGGCCUUCCUGGACCUGGCUUCAUCCUCCGCCUCUGCUCAGCUGCUGGGGAACCUGUUCAGACCCCUGAAUCGGCCCAGACCCCCCACCGUCCUGGCCCUGCCCGACUCCCUGGACCCCAUCCCCAGAAUGGGGCCGCUGGUCCCUGGGGGGUCACUGGUCUCUGGGGGGCCGCUGGUCUCUGGGGGGCCGCUGGUCCCUGGGGGGCCGCUGGUCCCUGGUUCCAGGCUCCUGGUCCAUGUGGGUCCGGGCCUGGAGGAGCGCCUGGGACUGGGACUGGACCGGUGGGUGGCCCGGUCCUGGGCGGAGCUGGAGGAGCGGUUCAGCCGGAGGGCGGGGCGCCUGAGGGCGGAGCUACACCGGAUGGAGGCGGGGCUACAGAGGAAGGAGGCGGAGCUACAGCAGCAGAGGCGGGGCGGAGAGCGGCUGAGGCAGCAGAAGCAGGAAGUGGAGGACAGAGCGCAGUACCUGUCCAGACAGGUCUCAGCAGCGAUGAAGAUGAUGGAACUGAUGAAGAACCAGCUGUCUGAGAAGGAAGAAGAACUGAGACAGAGACAAGAGGAGAUGGAGAACAUUGAUCUGUUCCUGAGAGUGACGGCUGAGAAGGAGGCCGAGGCCAAGUCCCGACUCCAGGUUUUCAUCGAGGCACUGCUGGAACGGGCCGAGCGGGCGGAACGGCUGCUGCUGCUGCGAGGGGGGCGGAGCCUGGACGAUGACAUCAUCACGCACAAGGUGGAGGGAACCUUCUGGAACCGGAGGAGCUACAGCGUGUCAGGAAACUACAGGACGGAGGAACAGCAGCACAGUGGUCUGACUGGGAGGACGAUGUCUCUGGAGUGGAAGGAUGGAGGAGGCUGGGGAAGAACAUGGAGCAGCGUCCACCUCCGCCACCACAGCACAGAGGAGGAAGAGGAGGAGGAAGAGGAGGAAGAGGAGGAGGAGGAGCAGGAGGAGGAGCAGGACCUGUGGAGCAGUGCUGAGAUGAGGAAACUCAUCUUUCCCAGAUCACACACUUCAGGAACAGGUGUCUCCUCCUCCCUGUGGUCCCCCCGUUGUCAUGGUAACCUGCGGCCUGGGGCGGAGACGUUGCGGCUGAGGGCGGGGCUCUUCUGUGUCUUCCCUUAUUUGGACGUGCGCUCCCUGCUGCUCGCCGCCGAGGUCUGCUCUGAUUGGAGGAUGGUCGCUCGGCACCCGGCGGUCUGGACCCGCCUCCGCCUGGAGGACGGACAAGUGUCCACCGAGUUCCUCAGUACUCUCUCUCAGUGGUGUACUCAGACUCAGUCGAUUGUUCUCAACAAUCUGAAACCUCGAAGUCGACGAAAUGACGAGACGCGAGAAGAUUACCUCAGGACCAUCCGGGGCAGCGUGGAGGCGGGGCUGGAGGCGGUCCUCCGGGCAGCAGGGGGCAGUCUGCUGUCCUUCUCCGUCUCUGACUGUCCUCACGUUGUGACCGAUCGCUGUCUGUGGCUCAUCAGCUGCUACAGCCGGAACCUGCUCAGCCUCCGGUACCGGAGUUCUACCGACCCUCCCGGUCCGGAGGUUCUCUGGGCCCUGGGCGCCGGCUGCAGGAGCCUCCGCAGCCUGCAGGUGGCGCCGGCUCCUCUCAGCCGGCAGCCGACCCGCUUCUCCAACCGCUGCCUGCAGAUGAUUGGCCGCUGCUGGCCACGCCUCCACACGCUCAGUGUGGGCGGGGCCGGCUGUGGGACUCCGGGAUUGGUCGCUGCCGUGCGGAGCUGCUCUGACCUGCAGGUGCUGGAGUUGGAGUGUAUUUCCGACCUUGGCCUGCAGGCGGCGACAGAGCUGUGCGCCGCCGGCCUGAAGAAGCUGCACACACUCGUCCUCACACACACUCCAGUCAGCGGACAGGCUGUCCUGCACUUCCACAGUGUGUGUCAGGACCUGCGGACUCUGGUGGUCCAGGUCUCGGCCUCAGAUUACUUUGAAGAUCCGGAAAGUGAAGAAGCUCAACAGCUGUUCAGAGAAAUCCUGGACACCCUGAAGGUCCUGCAGACCCGUCCAGGUCUCUGUGACGUCCUGCAGGUCAAAGCUGAAGGUUUCUCCUGACUGCAGAAC